AUGCUGGCUGUGCCGGCAGCGUCGUCCCCCGAGAAGAGAUCGGUGUCGAGGAAGAUGGAGACGUCGACUGUGUCGCCAUCGGGAACGCUGGCGCAGCGGAAACGCGGUCGUGUGGAUGCUGCAGAUUCUUCGGACGUUUUAUGUGCUUCGCCUUCAAAGAAAAAACUUGCAGUCAGGGCGGAGGCUUCUGCUGUUGAGGGGCAAGACUCUCCGGCCUCCGUCCCCCCCGCGGCCCGGCCUGCGUCGCCGGGCCUCGCGCGGCGACUUCCGGUUUCCAGCUUGACCCCCGGGAGUCUCCUGGGUGCCUCGACAGCGUCGCUUGCAGACGACACGCAGCGCGCCCUCUUCGCCGCUUCGCCCCCGCUGUCCGACGCCAUCCCUCGGGGCCGCGAUCGGAGGCGGAGCGCAGCCGACGUCGCCUACAGCUGCCACUGGGAGCCGCGCGGGGGGACGCCCACGCACCGGGGCCUUUCGCUUCUGGGCGGCGCCGCAGGGGGCCCAUCCUCUGCGUCUUCGGAUGUGGACCUAGAUGGGUGUCGCACGCCGCCGAGACGAGGGAUAGAAGACAGGGAAGCCAGCCGAUCUCUGUCGCGUCUCGACGCCGUCCUCCCCUCCACACCUUCGCGUCUGCCGUCUCUCCUGAGUUACGAUGCCCUUCCGCUCGGGCGCCCAGAGUCGCCCCGGCAGAGUCCCGUGGGGCCGCUGGGGCCUUCGGUGUCUCUUGUGCCUCCACGGAGUGGAGAAGGGACGCCCAUUGGCGGCUCGCGCCGGCCGCGCGACUCCUUUGAAUUCGCGCUCGCCGAUGAAGCCGCCACGCCGUCGCCCUUCAGCCGCUCGAAGCGGCGAAACCGAAGCGACUCCAUGUCCCCUAUGCGCCCGCAAACAGACCCGAGCACUGUGGGGCCGGCGGGUCUCGACGGGGACAGGGGGCGCGGGAGCGACGGGGCGGGGACGGGAGAGCGCCGCGAGCGACCCGACCUCGAGCCGGCGUCCCCCUUCCGCCGGUCGCCGAUUACGGGCAAGCGGCAGUGUGUGCUGUCGCCCAUGCGCCUCACGCCGGUGCGACAGAGUCCAGCCUGUUUCCGCGAGGAUCGCCGAACGGGGCGGGCCCUCGGGGCUGACACAGUCGCGCGGGACCGGCCCUGUCCGACGUGGCUCGUUAGCAGACUCGUUGAGGCCCCCGCCGCGCGGCCGCCCCAGGGAGACGACGGUGCCCUGGCGUAUGGCGGCCCGCACUUCCUCGCCUCGUUGUUUUCGCUGUCUGGCGCGGAGGACGGCCUCGGGGCGGCGCCAAGUGCGGGAGGCGCGCGCGAGCGCGUCAACGGUCUGCUGCAUGCCAUCACGUCGCUGAAGCUCGAGGUUCUCGAGAGACUGCCUCUUGGUCAAGAGCUGGAGAGACUCUGGCGGCACUUUCGGACUCUGCGGAUUGUGUGCGACCGCGAGCACGACGCGGCGCGGCCGCUGGGCUUGUCUUCGCGAAUCUUCCCAGCGCUUCAGCGCCUGACGCAGGACCCUGGCAUUUCGUCGUCGCUGCCGGGGGCGGCCUCCAUCCUCACCUCCGGUUCGCCGCUCUCGGCUUUGAAGCGCGGCGGCUCUUCGUUCGUCUCGUCCGCGAACGGGCUGCAGAGUCGCAGCGGCCAGCUGAACGAAGAGGACAUUGCUCGCAUGCUGUGGCUAGCGCCGCACCUCUUCGGGUGGCGCUUUCGGCAAAACAAGUCGUCAGUCGCGGGUCAAGGGCGUCUCUCCGCGACGCCUCUCACGGCCUCGCCGCUCAGCCGGCGACUGCGCCCCGCGGGCUCGAACGGCGACGACCGGGAGGGAGAGGAGCAGAAGACUGAGACGCCGCUGUCCCCUUUAAGAAGAAAUCCCCUCGUGCUUGUCUCCCGCGAGCGCCUCGCCGACAACCUCGAACUCGAGCUUUUGGAAUUCGUCCUCGCGCCCGAAGAGGCGCAAGCCGCUGCGGUGCGCGUGGCCGCGAAAGGCGACUCAGCCGACACCACCGAGCGCCGUCCUUCGGGGACAGAAAAUGAAGCGCUGCCUCCUCAGGUGGUCCUGGUUUCCCGGGAGGCGAACCCGACGGUGCGUCUCGCGCAGUUCAGAGGGGUGUUGGUCCUGUGGGUGUUUGUGUGCGAACUGGAGUAUCUGAAGACGAGUCAAGGCGCGAGCCACGACGUCUCGCUGCUGUCUGCGCUGCUCGAGAAGGCUUGGUCCGCGCUGACGCAGGGCCGCUGGGUGUCGGGCUUCAAUCCCGACACCGCCCCACUUCCGCCCUUCCACGCGCUGCCGGCGCGGCCCGCGAAGACGCUGUUGCGGUCGCCGUCAAAGGGCUCGCGCGGUCGCCUCUCCGGCGAAGGGCACGCUGCUAAACUCGCCCUCCUGCUCGCUCGCGGGCCUCGCAGGCCGGCGCCCCGCCGGAGGGGCGGCGGCGCUCGGCGGCGGCAGCGCGUCUCGCCUGUUUGGCGUGGCGGCCUGCACCCCCCCCUCGAUGGCGGGCAGUGUGAAAGUUGGUGCCGGUCGCGCUGCGCGAGACUUGGUUGGCAAAGUCUCGCCGGGGGGGCGGAGGCGGUCGCGAGCGAGGGCGAGACGCUGGUGUACCGCCUAUCGGCCGCAGAUAUGCGCCUCUCCGCGUCGUCUGUCGCCUCUCACAUGUUAGCUGACGGCGCAGCCCAGGCGGUUUCGGGUCUCGCGGCAGCUCGAGGGUCGCUUUCUCCUGUGGCAAAGAUUCCGAGGCAGGGAAGCGCGCUCGCGGCGCUCCACUCACCGUGUCGCGAAGCCGACGCCGUGGCCUCGCCCACCUCGAGCCUGCGGAGUGCGUCGUCUCCAGGCACAAGCCCCAUUUCAGAGAGACUUAGACAACGCACCGAGGCGCGACGGCAGGCGCGGCUCCAACAAGAAGAGAUGCGGAAGCAGCGCGCGGGUCUUCAUCAAGACGCGAGGCAAUGGGCGAACGUGAAGUGGGUUAUGAGCUGUCUCCUGGACGCCUGUGUGUACCGGGAUCCUCGCAAGACGAUUGACACGCGCGUGCUUGUCGAGCAGUACAUUUCAAAAUCGAAGUUGCCGCUUCGGCUCGAUGUCGUAGAGGAGUGCCUCGCGACGCUGGCGAAUCUCGCCCCCGAUAUGCUGUCGUUGAACGGCUCCGUCGUCGCGUUUGCGUCAGGAUUUGACGCGGUCGCCCUGAGAAAGCUCGUCGACACCCGCUUGGUGGAGGCACAACGUGUAGCGGCCGCCUUCGAGAAAGUGAUGUAA